GAUCUCGCCCUCAGCUUGGGUAGCCCAUCCCAUCGCCCGCCGCCGCCCCGCAGCCGCCCCGCCGCCGCCGCCGCCGCCACACGAGGAGCGUACCGGCUACUUCGGCCAUGUACCGACGGGUUCCCCUGAUUCCCUCCCGAGUCAGGCCGGCGCUGGCUCCGUCAUGUUCCGAGACCGCAGCGGGAUCCGACUCAGUCCUAGUCUGCUCCGAUGCAAUGGCGUGCUGUGUGCUGGUUACGUCAUGGUCAGGAAUCUCCGGCGAGACCGAGCACCGGGGCCGGGAGCGAAUUCGAAGCGGUUGGGGAGGAUGGGGGGGGAAGGGGGGGUGCCGAGCGGUCACGACCUCGGCAGCCCCGGAGUCCGGUGUGCGCCCGAUAUCAUUCCCGGCGACGUCCCGGUGUGGACCGGGUGGGGCCCGGCGAAGGUUUCUAGAAGCCUUCCUAAACGGGGUGGGGUUCGAGGUCGGCCGAGGUUCCGUUUCCCCCUGGCUGGCUGGCUGGAGGGGCUGGUGGAGGGUCGGGUGGAAUGGGUUGAAUGAUACGCCGGUGCUGACCGACGAAGGCCCGACUCCCGUUGUAUGUCAGCGGGGCACAGGGACGGUGAAUUGCUGCAACUACCCCUGUUUUAAAGAACACUUGCUGGGAAGUCAAGAGGAUGAUGAUGAAUGCACCAAUGAUGAGCAGUCGUUUGUGGUUAUGGUCCCGCUUCUGCUUGUAAGUUGCAACACUCGGCAACUUCAAACUUACUCGUCCGUGAGACUCAAUUGGGUCCCGAACUACUAGUAAGGUGAUGAUUGAGAUUCGGAUGCUUGGUGAAAGUCAGGCAAGAAAGCUGAAGGGUGGCUUAAUGUCUUGGCCUUGUUGGCGACAAGCUGGAACGCAUUUCAAGAUCUCGCGCUCUGGCCAAAAACUACCCAUCUUGCUCCCGGCGUGUCCGGUACCCCCUCUGUCGGGGCAAGGCACUUCCUCGGAGGUUAUGUCGGCCACUGCAUGUUAUGCACGGGGCUACUGCGGACCGUUUGCUAGUUACUUUUCUUGAGGGUGAAGAAAACGCUGGUCUCCCCAUGGCAGGGGCUCGAUGCCUGAAGAUGGACGCGGAAAGGACCGGCUGCGAGGUUUCUCCCGCACCCCCCUCCGCCUCCAUCGGCAAACGAAAAGACUGGCUGCCGAGCCGUGGUGAGAACCCAAGGCCGAGCGGAGAGAGGUCAUGUUCU